UAAAGGUCACAUCAUGACGGAAUGUUUAUAGGUAAGAACACGUUUGUCUUAAAGGAUCAUGUUAUAUACAGAACAAAACAGUUAAACCGUUAUGCAUAAAUUGUUACUUUGCCAACAUCUUCAAUGCUGCUGAAAGUAAUUUCUUGUAAUUUAACAAACAUUUGCAACAUUAUGUUGUUAAUCACAGUUAAAAGGUUAACCUUAAUCAAAUAAUGGCAUACAUAUUUAUUCAUUUUACGAGUUCUAUCCACGUUUGCAAAGUCAUAAAAAAUACCCUAAAAGGUCUAGAAUUUACGAAUUACCAAAAUCUGUUAUUGGCAAAACAGUAUAGCCGUUGCCGUGCCCUAUCGAAACGUCUGUAAUUUUAUGAAUUGUAAUCAUCCUCUUGAUAAAAUCAUGUCUCUGUGUAGUUACACAUUUUGAAAUAUUGAUAUGUUAUUAAUCCCAUUUCGACAUUUAUGUUUGCUUAAUUAAAUAAAAAGAACUUUUGUUAAGUUUUUCCUUUUUUAAAUAUUUCUUAAAUAACACAAGGCGGGUUACCUGCUUUGCUCAUUAUAUGAGCCGCACCAUGAUAAAAGCAACAUAGUGGCUUUGCGACUAGCAUGGAUCCAGACCAGGCUGCGCAUCCGCGCAGUCUGGUCAGGAUCCAUGCUGCCCGCUAACGGUUUCUCUAAUUGCUACAGGCUUUGAAAGGGAACAGCAUGGAUCCUGCGCAGGCUGGUCUCGAUACAUGCAGGUCGCAAAGCCAUUGUGUUGGUUUUCUCAUGGCACGGCUCUUAUAUUAUACUGUAUGGUUAUAUUUUCUGGUCUUUUGUGACAGUCACAACUGAAAUGUUCUUACAGUUUGUAUGUGAUGAAUAAAAUAUAUUCCUUUGUUUUUGGUGAAUAAGGAACAUAUUUACCCGAGAAUUUUGACAAUUUUAUUACUUUGACAUGAGAUAAAUUCCAAAUAUACCCAUAACAAUUUUUUUUCGUUUAGUGUAAUCGUAUUUUGCUUAAGCUACGCAUUUUGUAACAAUUUAUAAUAUAAGCGAGUGAAACAGCAGCGCGUAAACGAAAAUAACAUGAGGCUUCUUGUAACGUUACAAAGACGUUUACGACAUAACGUUCAAAUUAAUACUUAAUUUAGCAUUUAGCACUUGCAACAUAAUGUUAUAAAGUUUUGGUCAAGUAACAUUAAUUGAAUUGAGAAAUACACAAUAAAGUACAAAAUGCAACCUCAUUUAUUCCCAAUUUACGUGAAAAAGAAAACGGACAAAAGGUCAAGUAACAAGUUGCACAUUUACAUAAAAUACUUCGAUUGUAAAAAAAACUUAAGUUCAUUGUAUCACAGCUUAAUUAAAAAAAAACACUUAUUUUGGUUCAUGGGAAUAUUGUAACGAAAUGUGUCUCCCUAACUGAUUUAGAUUAAUUUUAGUUAAGAUGCGCUGGUUUGCCAUAACAGUUUUCAUUUCCUCUGUGAUCUCUGUUCGCUCAGAUUAUAAAUGUGUCUGCAGCUACAGUAUUGAAACAAAGUGUACUCUAAGGUAAGUCAAAUGAUUCACGUUAUAAAAUUAAGAAUCAAAUUGAAUGUAAUAAUUAAGAAAGAGCGUUUCAUAAAACAAAAGAAAAUGGCAUAAUGUACUUCGACGCUUUACUGUUAAAAGGAUAGACACUAUACAGUCUAACUCGUUAAUUACUGUAUAUAUUGCCUGGCUUCCAUCUAUUUAAACAUCUUUGAGGUUUCUUGUUGUAAUAUCAAGCGAACCCCACAUUGCUAAAUAUUAAUUGAAAUGUAGAUGAAGUGAUUAAGAACGCGCACAUGUCUCAAAUUUUACACGUUAAAUAGGAGGGAAACCUCCAAUGCAAAAUGGCCUACCAAGCUUUACCAAUAAACUACUAGACUAGUAUAAAUUAAUUUAUUUCAGCCUUCACUUGAAGGGAACGUUUUAGGUUAUAUGUACGAAUUUGACUGUAAACCAGACGGAGGACAGUCGUCUGAUGGCAAUUGGUUUUCAGUUGCUUAUGAACAUCAGGUCGGAUAUAUUGCAAAAAACGACCAGCUACAGGUACAGACAUGUAUGGGAAGUGUUCCUGAUGAAGACAAACUUUCUCCAAUAACAAAUACGUCAACUAUUGCACCGACAACCCCGGUUCCAGCAACAACGAAUAAACCUACUACAAUUACAACUAUACCUGCCUCUACCACCACGAUUGAAAGCAUAACAAGUACAAAACAAACGACUACUGUAACAACAGAAAACAUACCUACAAAUGCACCAACAACAGCAGAGGAACCAUCUAUCACUCCGUUUACUGAGGUUACAACAACAUUGCAACCAACCACGGUUUCAUCUACCAUGUCACCAACACAAAAUCCCAAAACGUCAAAUACAUGGCAGUUAACGACGACAAAGACCAUCACUCUGACACAAUUACAUACAAUAACAAAACCUAGCAGCCAAAAGCCAAUAACAAACACAAUUCAAGGUCAUUUAGAAUUUUGUUCAAGUCGAAUCCAACACGCAGCACAGGAAGACCAUGCAAUUCUUGCACAGUUCGGAGAUAACUGUUUUGAAGUUGAUAAAAGCACAGUGUCAUGGUCUCAUGCAGAGUCAAUUUGCCAACAAAAUGGAGGCCAUCUAACUCAUAUUGCUAAUCAAAAGGAGCAGAACUUUAUUCACAACUUUUUGGUCAGACAUCAUAGCCAUACCGUUUGGAUUGGACUCCAUGAUAGAAACUAUGAAGAAAACUUUGAAUGGACAUCAGGUGACUCUGUAACGUACACAAACUGGCAACCUGGACGAAAAAAACACAACCAUGAUGUGCAGGAUUGUGUAUUCAUGUCACCAUCCACAGGUCUCUGGAACGAUAGAGCUUGCGGGGGAGAUACUCCGAAAGAGGAAAGUCACCAGGACCAUCGUCAUGCAUACAUAUGCCAGUUUGGGACGGUUACUGCGACGACAGGAAAUUUAAAUCUCUGUUCGAGUCACCUGCACCAACAAGCUUCGAGAGAUGCAGGGACAUUAGCUCAGUAUGGGCAAAGCUGUUACGAAAUCGUUCCCGAUACAAACAAGACUUGGGGUCAAGCAGAAAGUUUCUGUCAGAACAGGGGAGGACAUUUAGCACAUAUAAGUAAUUCAAAGCAGCAGUCUUUCAUCCAGGGAUUUAUGCAAAGGUACUCGCCACAUCAAGCGGUUUGGAUUGGGCUGACUGAUCAUCAUAGUGAAGGACAUUUUCAUUGGACUUCAGGGGAUACAGCCCACUACACAAACUGGGUACCUAACCACAUUAGCAAUUUUGAACACCACAGUAAAGAGGACUGUGUUGUUUUCAUACCUUACAAGCAUGGCAAAUGGGAUGAUUUACCGUGUGGAAGUACCGUCUCUACACACCACCAUGUCCAAGCUGUUGGAGAGGUCCAUCCAAUCCUGUGUCAAUACAGUACAACUGCAGGACCUCCUUUUAUCGGCUAGAUAUGGCGUGGUUGACUACUUGGUUAUGACAUUGACCUGAAGCAAUAAAAAUACAGUACAGAGAA